UCAAUCUACUAAUGAUCGUGGAAUACAACCAAGACAUGCAAGGGAAAUUUCCAGUAAUUCUGUAGGCAAAACACCUUGUCAUACCAAGUUUAGGAUGAAGCAAUUGAGUCCUUGCAUGGAUAAGUUACCUUGUGAAAGAACCAAAGACAAACUGAAAAUAUCUCAGCAUCCUAGUGAUGAUUCAACAUUUUUAAGUCCCACUCCCUGCAAGAAAUUAAAAGGGGAAGAUUCAGAAGACACCUUGUCUCUUGCACAAUCCUAUCAAUGGAAAACCCCAGCUAAAACAUCCAAGAGGAAAGGCCUAUUUACUGAUGAAGAGACGAAUGAGCAACAGCAGUUCGAACAACUGGAUAGUCUAGCAAUCAAUUUUGUAAAAAGGGGGAGACAACCAAACUCACAAUUUGUAAAACGUGGAAGGAAGGGUAUACCCCGAAAAUUGCAUGUCAGCAAUGGCAGUAAAAGUGUAAGAGGUGACCAAGAAUACAUUGAAGAUGAAAAUGUAAUGACCAAGAUUGAAUCUUUUGGUAACCCGUCAGAGCCUGAAGCAAUUGGGGGCUUGCAUGCUGGAAAUUCAUGUUUGCUUCCUGUGAAGGAGAUUAAACAUGGUAAUGAAGAUAAAGUGAGCAGUGGAAUAAAAGGGAAGAAAAAACAGGCUGAGUUACUUGUUCAACACCCAAAAGAUCCAGCAGCAGGUUGUAUGAAUGAUAUACUUGAAAAGCCUGCAAAUCCAAGGGGGAACCAAAACCUGGCAACUUACCAAAGAAAGAAAAGGUUCAAACUGACAGGUGUAAAGCAUAACGGAACUGGAGUUUUUACUGAUGUUGAAGUGUCCAAGCUAAUGUUGUUGAACAUAUAGGUAACCCUGCUGGGACUGUCAACCAACAAGAAAAAAGUCCAAAUCUGCCUUUUGUGAAGAAUUCUCCACUAUGGGAACAUCUUGAAUCCAUGGAAGUAUUCAAAAACUUUCCGCAGAAGCCGCAAUUUCAUUUUGCG